AUGUUUUCCUUUGUAUAUUUUCAUGCUACCCAUCUAGUGGCUCUAAAAUACACGGACAACCAGCGGGUAAUUAUUCACGUGAAGGACGUGAACGAUGAACCUCCGUACUUUAUUAACCGACCUCUGCCAAUGCAAACUGUUGUGCAACUUAAUGCGGCACCCAACACCCCCGUCUUCACGUUGCAAGCCAGAGACCCUGAUACUGAUCACAAUAUACAUUACUUUAUUGUGAGGGAUAGAACUGGUGGAAGAUUCGAAGUGGAUGAGCGAUCUGGAGUGGUUCGAACAAGGGGUACUGAUCCUUUUCAACUCGAUAUGGAAUAUGUACUGUACGUCAAGGCAGAAGAUCAGAGUGGCCGGGUGGAUGAAAGAAGAUUCCAAUCUACUCCUGAGGAGAGAUUAAGUAUCGUCGGUGGGAAACGCGCGCCUCAGUUUUAUUUGCCUAGUUAUGAAGCUGAGAUAGCGGAGAAUCAGAAGAAAGAUUCAGAUAUUAUUUCUGUAAAAGCAAAAUCAUUUGCUGAUCGCGAAAUCCGCUACACCCUAAAGGCGCAAGGUCAAGGUGCUGGUACAUUCAAUAUCGGACCGACAUCAGGCAUCGUCAAGUUGGCCAAGGAGCUGGACUUUGAAGAUUUACGACAGCCUCAUGUUUAUUCCUUAGUAGUAACUGCUACUGAGGACUCUGGAGGAUUUUCCACAUCUGUAGAGCUGACAAUUCGCGUGACCGACGUAAACGACAACGCACCUAAAUUCGAGCUGCCCGACUAUCAAGCGCACAACGUAGAUGAAGACAUUCCACUUGGCACCAGCAUCCUGAAGGUUAAAGCCAUGGACGCUGAUUCCGGGAAGAAUGCCGAAAUAGAAUAUUUAGUUUCAGAUGACCACUUCAGCGUGGACUCCAAUGGCAUUAUCACUAACAAUAAACAGUUGGACGCUGACAACAAUAACGCGUAUUAUGAAUUUGUGGUCACCGCUAAGGAUAAAGGAGAACCUGCCAAAACUGGAACUGCCACUGUGAGAGUUUACACCAAGAACAAAAACGAUGAAGAACCAAAGUUUUCUCAACAAGUGUACACGCCGAAUGUCGAUGAAAAUGCUGGCCCAAACACUCUCGUUACUACUGUAGUUGCGUCUGAUAAAGAUGGCGAUAAUGUGCGCUUUGGAUUUGUUGGUGGUGGAACUAGCUCGGGACAGUUCGUUAUAGAAGAAAUAACUGGUGUAAUCCGUUUACAUAAUAAAGCGAUAUCGUUAGAUAGGGACAAGUAUGAGCUAAAUGUUACCGCAAUGGAUGAUGGUGCUUGCUGUGUCAAUGGAGAUGCAACUAUACACACUUCCACUGCUGUAGUAGUCGUAUUUAUAACGGAUGUAAACGACAAUAAACCUAUAUUUAAAGAUUGCCCGACGUAUUUUCCAAAGGUGGAAGAAGGAGCCCCUAAUGGUAGUCCAGUUAUAAAAGUACAUGCGACGGAUGAAGAUAAAGGAGUAAAUGGUCAGGUUAAGUAUUCUAUCGUGCAACAACCGAAUCAAAAAGGUACUAAAUUCACCGUAGACGAAGAGACAGGAGAAGUGUCGACUAAUAAGGUUUUUGAUAGAGAAGGCGACGACGGAAAAUUUGUUUCUGUGACAGUAAAAGCUACAGAUCAAGGAGAGCCGUCUUUAGAAGGAGUGUGUUCAUUUACGGUUGAAAUAACUGAUGUUAACGACAAUCCCCCAUUAUUCGACAGACAAAAAUACGUGGAAAACGUUAAACAAGAUGCUAGUAUAGGCACGAAUAUACUAAGAGUGUCGGCAUCCGACGAGGAUGCCGAUAAUAACGGAGCUAUAGUUUAUACUUUAAGCGCUCCCUAUAAUCCGGGGGAUAUAGAUUAUUUUGAGAUCCAACCGGAAUCCGGAUGGAUCGUUUUAAAGAAACCUCUAGACCGGGACAGGUACCGCCUGCGCGUGCGCGCGUCCGACAGAGGCGCCCCGCCCUCCUCCGCAGACGUGGACGUUGAGUUAGACGUGGUAGACAGGAACAAUAAGCCCCCCAUCUGGGACAUGACCACGUAUGGCCCCGUUCACAUCAAAGAGAAUGUCACAGUGGGUACCGUAGUGACCAGUGUGAAAGCCAGAACCGUGGAGGUCCAGAUAGACGUAGUGGAUCGCGCGAACAAUCCCCCCGUGUGGGACCACACGGUGUACGGCCCCAUCUACAUUCGAGAGAAUUUGCCCGUUGGUGCCAAAGUGGUGUCAGUUAAAGCAAGCUCGGGCAUUGAGAACAAUCCGACCGUAUUCUACCGGCUGAUGCCCGGAUCGACGGCCCAAACGAACAAAUUCCAUACUUUUUAUUUACAACAAAGAGCCGAUAAUGGAUUUACAUGGGCGGAUAUAAAAGUAAACCAUCCACUGGAUUACGAAAGUAUUAAAGAAUAUAAUCUGACCAUUCGAGUUGAGAAUAAUGGAGCGCAACAGCUGGCAUCUGAAGCUACAGUGUACAUAAUGUUAGAAGACGUGAACGACGAGAUACCACUGUUCACUGAAAGAGAACAAGAAACUGUACUUGAAGGAGAACCUAUUGGAACUAAAGUUACACAAGUGAAUGCUAUUGAUAAAGAUGGAACAUUUCCUAAUAACCAGGUGUACUACUACAUUGUGGAUUCACCUCGGAAUGAGGGAAAGGAUUUCUUUGAAAUCAGCAUGCAGACGGGUGAAAUCUUCACGAAAGUGGUGUUCGAUAGGGAGAAGCAGGGUGCCUACGCAUUGGAAGUAGAGGCAAGGGAUGGAGCACCCUCGGCGCGCCCUAAUUCCGAUAACCAGCCCAAUUCAGGGAGUGCGAUGUCGCCAAGUGACAAAGCAAUAUUCCCGUGCGGGCGGCGUGCGGCGGGCGGCGGGAACUUCGUGGCCUACAUU